GCCUUGCUGCUGAGAGAGCGAGAGAAACAGAGGCGGUCAGAGGCAGAAAUUAGUAUCGCGUUGACUUAAUAGUCCGUUUUUUCUGGCUGUAAGUCGGUGACAGCAAAUCGAGGGCUUAUAAAACACUCAGACAUCACCUCUACCAGGGAAGGAGGCUCCUGUGAUGUGUUGUUGAGCUGUCAUUCACCGCUGUGGGAACGGCAGGCUCAAUGUGCUGGUAAAGGCUGUCAGCAUAUCAGCUAUAGAAGACCCGUCAGACGAUGAACUACGUGGGCCAGCUGGCAGGCCAGGUGUUCGUCCAGGUCAAAGAGCUGUACCGAGGCCUGAACCCGGCCACCCUGUCCGGCUGCAUCGACGUCAUCGUAGUGAGGCAGCCCGAUGGAUCCCUGCAGUGCUCACCUUUCCAUGUCCGCUUCGGGAAGAUGGGAGUCCUCCGGUCCCUGGAGAAAGUGGUGGACAUGGAGAUCAAUGGAGAGCCAGUGAAUCUACACAUGAAGCUUGGGGACAAUGGAGAAGCAUUCUUUGUGCAAGAAACAGAAAAUGAUCAGGAAGUGGUUCCCUCCUACCUGGCCACCUCUCCCAUCUUGUCGGACGGGGCCCUCCUGAUGAGCUCCUCCCUGCUGGGGAAUGGCUCCGGGCCCCCCAUACAGACACUGGGCUCCACGGGGGCCGCUGGGGAGACUGGCAAUGGGAUGAUGAAGAAGAGGAGGAAGAGAAGGAGGAAGGUCCGGGUGGACAGUGUGAGGAGGGAGGACAGUGGGGACUACUCCGAGGACGAGGACAUGUUUACCAUAGACAUCAGUUCCGAUGAAAUGACGGGGAUAGGGAGCAACAGGACUUCUCGGGACGUUUUAAGAGAUGAGACGACAGUUGCCCCCGGCAGCUCUUUCAAACAGUCUGGCAUCUACACUCGCUCAGAUGGAGACUGGAGCCCCAUUCAGAGUCCUGGAAACUCUCGUCCCAUUUCUCCCAAGAGCGACUCUGAGCUAUUGACCAAGCCGUCAGACGCAGCCAAUCAGGAUCCAGCCAUGCAUUGGGCGUGGGGAGAGCUCCCGCAGGCUGCCAAGCCGUCUUUCCUCCAAGAGAAACCCAACCAUCCGUCAGUUUGCCCGGUAACCAUCCCAGUCUCUGAAAGCACACACUUCCGCGUGAUAACUCAUGAGAUGGAACAGAGUGGACCCUGCGCUGAAAUAUCAGCACUCACCCUGAUGAUGCCACAGGAGACGAAUGGGGACACAGUUGGGAUGGAGGCCAUGACAGCCGGAGGUGUAGCAGCUCAGAUGUCUGAAAUGGAGGAGACGAUGCCUCUCCCACCGGGAAAAAACGACUCUCCAUCAAAGAGAAAAGACAAGAGAAGCUGCCAUCUUGGGUCUGAUGGGAUUUACCUGGAUGACAUCACAGACCUCGAGCCUGAAGUGGCGGCCCUUUAUUUCCCUAAGAGUGACGGUGUUGUGGCGGUGCGCAGCGUCUCAGACCCCGGCCCCCACGGCAGCAGCAUGUCCCCACAGUCCCUCAGCUCAGGGGGGGACAGCGGAGUGGACAGCUACUGCGACCCUUUGGCGGACAUGCCAACUAUCACCAUCUCUCUGUGUGGAGGACUCAAUGACAACAGGGAGAUCACUAAUGAGCGGUUCCACGAGAAAAUGAUCUCUUACCAGCAGUUUUCGGAAAACCCCUCCAUCAUCGACGACCCCAACUUGGUCGUGAAAAUUGUCUCCAAAUACUAUAAUUGGAGCUCUGCGGCUCCACUUAUGCUGGCUUUGCAGGCCUUUCAGAAACCGCUGCCAAAGGUUGCAGUGGAGAACAUUAUGAAGGAGAAGAUGCCAAAGAAAGGAGGGAGGUGGUGGUUCUCCUGGCGAGGAAGAAACAGCAGCGCCAAAUCUGAUUCUCUGAACGUGGGGGCCUGCGGUUAUGAUGAGCAGGACGGGAAAAUGUCUAGCAGACACAAAGAAGACUCUUCCUCCAGUGAUGAAGACCACAGGGCAGCCUUACAGAGCUCUGCACCUGGCCAAUCAGAGCCAGGCCUUACACCAGGAGGCGUGUCUUAUAAGAAAACACUCAGACUCACAUCAGAGCAGCUGCUGUCCCUCCAGCUGCAGGACGGUCCUAACGAUGUUGUGUUCAGCGUGACCACUCAGUACCAGGGGACGUGUCGCUGUCAGGGAACCAUCUACCUCUGGAACUGGGACGACAAGAUCAUUAUCUCUGACAUAGAUGGAACCAUCACCAGGUCGGACACACUGGGUCACAUCCUGCCCACACUGGGGAAGGACUGGACCCACCAGGGCAUUGCACAGCUCUACCACAAAGUCAGCCAAAAUGGCUACAAGUUCCUGUACUGUUCCGCUCGAGCUAUCGGCAUGGCUGACAUGACCAGAGGUUACCUCCACUGGGUCAACGAGAGAGGCACCAUGCUUCCUAUUGGCCCCGUCCUCCUCAGCCCCAGCAGCCUCUUCUCAGCUCUGCACAGGGAGGUGAUCGAGAAGAAACCCGAGAAAUUUAAGGUGGAGUGUCUCAACGAUAUCAAGAACCUCUUCUACCCCAACACCCAGCCUUUCUAUGCAGCGUUUGGCAACAGACCAACGGAUGUAUAUUCCUAUAAAGAAGUCGGGGUGCCACUGAACAGGAUUUUCACCGUUAACCCAAAAGGCGAGCUAGUGCAGGAGCAUGCCAAGACCAACAUCUCAUCGUACGUGCGUCUGGGUGAGGUGGUGGACCACGUGUUCCCCCUGAAGAUGCGAUCCUCCUCCUCAGACUUCCCCUGCUCGGACACCUACAGCCACUUCACCUACUGGAGGCAGCAGCUCCCCCGGGUGGAGCCUCAGGGCACUACGCCUCCACAGAGCCCGCUCCCCAGCAGCUGACCGCCCGUGGCCCGCUGAGCACUGACAUGUGUGUGAUUUUAUUUUUUUGUAGAAGAUGGAGCACUUUGAGGGCACAUCAGGGGCCACUUGUUAAAUCUGCUGUGAAAACUCUUAUAAUGAACAAGAUGGAUCUAAGCGCACUUUUAUGAGAAAGAUGGCCUCCGUAGCUUUCUGACUAGUUGUAUGUAUAUGAGAAAUGAUAGUAAUUUAUUCAGGCAGCUUAGUACAUAUAUCAUUUUCGAGUGAGUGUUGAUAUUCUUUCAGUAGCUAGACCUUGAGGUAUGUAUGUGGAGAGUGACAUAAUGUAUUUAUGGCAUCAAACAGAACAAAGCCACUCUGUUGCCACAGCAGAGAGUGAGUUAUUUCAACUUGUGCCAAAUAGUAGAUGCAGAAUUUAUUUUCUUACUCUGAAGAUUGAGACUGUUACAGAUCCUCAGCAUGGAAAUGCAGAGAUAUAUAUAUAUAUAUACAUGCAUGCUGAUACUUACUUUAAUGCAACAUAUAAUGUUAUCUAUUAUUUUUGUUUAAAAGAAAUCAGUCAAGUCAGGCUUAGGUGUUUUUGAAAGGAGACACUACAGGAAAAACAUUUCAAUUAAUGGAUAUCAUAAUGAAACAUCCCAUCCAAGUUUUCAGUAUUAUGAGUUUUCUGAAAAGUUUAAAUAUGCAAAUGGCACAUUAUCCAAUGGUGGAAUUUUGUGGAUUUAGAAGACAUGUGCAGAUGAAAAUAGACAAAAUGAAGAUAAACAUUUAAAUGUGUAUUUAGGAUUUUCUUUCCAAAAAUGUCAUAGCAAAAGGUAAUGUAAGCUAAAUAGCCCAAACUCUAAAGGUUUUGCCUGUAGUGUCCAGCCUUCAGAAGUAUACCAGAGCACAAUGAAAAAAUGAAUGAAUGUAACUGUAACUUGACUUAUCCUGACAGAGGUCAUGUUAUGAAUAUGGUUUUAAAAUGAAUAUGUAUGGUUGAAGCAAAGUGACUAGACAGGAAAACAAAAAGCACAACCCUUUUAAUGGUCGAAAUAACAAUUGUCUUUUUCCUCCAAAAAAGAAAAUCAAGAGUAUCUGUGAGAAGAAUCAUUUUUAUUUUUCUAUUGAAAUCACAGUGAUCACAUUUAUGGUGACCUUCACCAAACACCCAUAAAUGUAUCCGGUCACAGAUAACAAAACAAGUCUAUGUUACUGUCACUGGUACCUCAUGUUAUUCCAUACAUGCCAUUAAGUAUAUCUUAUUUAUUCAUCUGAUUACAUACUGAUAUAAUCCAUAACCCAUUGUUUUUAAUACAAAACCCAAGUCUGGAAACCCUCAGACAAUUGAAAAGUGAUCCUUAAUUCUUACAUAAUACCACAGAUAACCUGAGGUCAUAUACAGUACAUGAGCAGGAGCUGUAAUCAUGUUGACCUGCCUUGUGUGUCAGUGAACACCUCCACAGUAUUGCCAUAUUGAGUAAGUGAGUUUGUAAUGCUUUAUUAUUCUUUCUGUGAAAGAGCUAAAAAGAAAAGCCUCAAAACGUAUUAUAUUUACCUUGACUGUGAACAAAAUGAUCAAUAAUUUGUUCAUGUACAAAUGAACCUCCGUACUUUCUCUUGACCGGUUCACUGUUAAAUGUAAUUUAACUCAAUAAAAAAGCCUUGGUACAGCAGCGAGUGUGUGUGUCAAACUUUCUGCAGGACAACUAUUCUUUCAGAUGAGUACAGCGGUGGGAGAAGUAUUCAGAUGCUUUUCUUAAGUAAAAGUUGUAACAGAGUGAAAAUACUGUAUUCAAAUAUCCUGCAUUCAGAACCUCAGUUGAGUUAACCUAGUACUGCUAAGUUGGAUUCAUUUUUAUGUUGCAUUUCCCUUACUCCUUUACUUACUGUUUGGUAGAAAUAUCUGAAGCAAUGCAUCAUGUUCUGUAAGUCAUCAUAUCUUUGAAGCGUCAUAGUAAGCUAGGGUCAUUUCCUCAACACAUAAAAUAGCAUUUAGUCUUUCCAUUUAUCA